AUAUUUGGCACAUGAGGAAAGAGCACCAGUUGAGGUGUCGACCUGUUAUCGUGAAAGACAUUGGCAAGCGGCAGUCCCAGAACCAUACACUCAUAUUUGAGUUCAAUUUUUUUAAAUUCUUCUGAGACUUCAAUCGCUAUGGGGCAAAGAGAUAAAAAAAUUGCUCUGGCAAUUUUGAUUGCAAUUACCAUCGCCAUGGCUUGCAAAUUGUGCUCGGAAAAAGCUGAUACUGCUUGGUCGUUUCUGAUUCCCGUGGAAAAGAUGAAGACAAAGACCAAGAAUUUAACUUCAAUUGAAUUGAAUAAUCUUCGAGGCCUUCCAUUUAAUGACGAGCGGCUGCUCUACUAUACUAUGGGACUUAUCAUUCCGCCGAGCGAUCGCAAUGUUCCAUAUGUUUUAAAGGACAUGAACAAAUAUGACUACUCGUGGGACGGAAUCGUUCCCAUCGUAAUCCGGUUGCUCAAGAACAGGACGAACGGCUUUUUUGUGGAGUGCGGAGCCCUGGACGGAGAGGGAGCGAGUAACACCCUGACCCUGGAAAAGUUUUUCAACUGGACAGGGCUAUUGGUGGAAGCAUCUCCAAAAGAACUCAAGUUGCUCAACUCAAAAAACAGGAAAGCGUGGGUUGCUCCAACUUGCAUGAGUCUCAAUACAACGCCGGAAAUGAUCACUUUCCACGAAGAUUGGGUUUUAGGAAAAGUGGUCGGAACGAAAGAAACUGCCGUGAAAAGCGAGACCAAAGGAAGAUACGUGGAUUUGCUUUGCUUGCCUUUUAACACGCUCAUGACCAGUCUGAAUAGGACCAAGAUCGACUUUUUCAGUCUAGAUGUCGAGGGACUCGAGUUUGAGAUUCUGAAAACCAUCGACUUCAAGAAAUUUGAAUUUGACCUAAUAAUAGUCGAGCACAAGCAUACUGGAAAGAAUCACGAUUUGAUUGUACCAUUUAUGGACCGCAACGGUUACAGAUUAAACUUGACAACCCCCAUGGACUAUUUUUUCUUCAAUAAAAAUCUAAAAUUGUAGCCAUA